AUGUCCUCUCUCGGAGAUGUUGAAAGUAGCAGUGAUGAAGAGGAUGAUGGUGUUCAUUCAUCUACUUUUGGAAAUAAUUUGUUGCAAGAAGAUGAGGAUGAUUUUUUUGUGGAUGAGAAUGGAUCUAAAGAGGAUGAACGAGUGAUGAAUGAUGAUGAAUUAAAUUCAAUUUUUAAUGAUCAAGUUGAAGAGUCUGUAUUACUGGAUGAAAGUGGUGAAGAUGAAAUUGAUGAUACUAAAAAUUCAAUAACACCCGGAAAUAAGACACAAUCAUCUGGUAGUAGCGUCUUUAUUUCGGAUUUGAAUGAUGAUGAGGAAGAGGAGGAUGAUUCCAAUUUUUCAAAAGUUAAUUCACUUUCGUCAUCACCGAGUACAAUUAAUAAUGAUGAAAUAAUAGUAUCAUCAGAAAAUAAUAAUAUUCAAAACGGUAAUUCUGCUGCUAGCCAUAUAUUUAUCACUCCUUCCCAUACACCAUUCAAUCUCACAAAAAGUAAUAUUCCUGUACCUAUUGACACCAUACAUCCAUCUUGGAAGACUUCAAUCACGUUACGGUCGAUUGAGCAGCAAAAAUUGGAAAUAUUUAAAGGCUUUGUGUCUCGAGAGAAUUCCAUUAAGAAACAUUUCCGAAUUUUGGAUGGAAAGCUACGACCAUUUGAAGCGAACGCUAGCACAUUGAUGAUUAAGCACCAUAACAAUGCUGCAAAUAAUUACAUGGACAAUAUCAGCGAUCUUUCAUCUUCGUCUACAGCAUUUCGUAAAGAAGAAGUAGAGGAUGAAUCUGACGCCAGCACUGACUCUGACACAUCUUCACAUCAAAGAGACCUUGUCAUGACAAAAUCUAACAAUGAACAAGUCUUAAAAGCUUCCUCUCAAAUUAAGGAAAUAACGGUACAAGCUGCUAACACCGAAGAGCUUAGAAAGGCGCUUACAGAUAUUAAACAGAGCAAAAAACAAAUGAGAAAGAAACACAUGGACAAGGUCCUAAAGAAAUCAAAGGAAGAAAACAAAUUCAUUGCAAAACCUGGUUCUUCGAAAAAAGCAAUCCAAAAACAACAAAAGAUGGCCUAUCGACAACAAUUAAAAAAGAUGCCACUCAAAGAGCUUCAAGGAAUGGGAAAGAAAAUUAUAUUUACAAACACUCAGCAACAACAGAAAUAA